UGGGAGUAGUUGAGGCCGUCCCAGGACGCGCUCACCAUGUUGACCACGUUAGCGUGGACCGCCGUGAAGCAGCCUCUGAACCAAGAUGCCGCGCUCUGCAGCAAAGUUGCGAGCUGACAAUCAAAGUCGAAGGUCCAUUCAACUGAACACACCUCCGACAGAAGAACUGGAACUGGAUGAUAUUAUCCCUGUUGUCUUAACUCAUGUCCAAUGGACAGAAAUGUUGAUCCAGGAGGAUUCAGAUGAGGCAGUGGGGGAGAUCAUGGAGGAACUGUUGAGCGAGGUCAUGGAAGGUUGUUUCAAAGUCUCGAUUAAGAGACAGGUAAUGCCAUUCUCAGUCUCAUGGGCCAAGAGCUACCUCACACAGAUUGUGGAGCAGCAUAUCUUGUGCCCAGAUGAAGGCGGAGUACCAGAGAAAACAUCUAAAACCGAAGACACAGAGCCCAUGCCGCCACCUUCCGAUCCCUGGGUUAAAAGAUGUGUACCUAUUGGAAUGGCUAGCCCUCGACAUCACACGGCCUCACAACAGGAUGACGACAUUGUACAGGUCCCAGUACAAGCAAAGCCAGGAGUCAACCAGAAAUGUGAUAUUAUGGCGCCGACAAAAAGAUCUCCAAAGAAAUUUGAAAAGAAAACACGUCCGAUUGUCGUUCACAAGUUAACUAAACUGCAAACCAUUGUACAGGUCCCAGUACAAGCAGAGCCAGGAGUCAAACAGCAAUGUGAUAUUAUGGCGCCGACAAAAAGAUCUCCAAAGAAAUUUGAAAAGAAAACACGUCCGAUUGUCGUUCACAAGUUAACUAAACUGCAAACCAUUGUACAGGUCCCAGUACAAGCAGAGCCAGAAGUCAAACAGCAAUGUGAUAUUAUGGCGCCGACAAAAAGAUCUCCAAAGAAAUUUGAAAAGCAAACAAGUCCCACGACCCGUCUCAGCUCUAACUGCCAACAAGUGCUUAGUCCUUUUCCUCCACCAAAAAUGAAUCAAAAGAAAAAGCAGAGAGUUAAUUUACCACCAAUACUCAAGACACCUCCAAGCAAAUCCCUUCCAUCUCCGUCUUGUUCGGCAGAAAAAAAGGAUGUGGAUGUCGAUUUUUAUAACUACCCAACUGGAUCCUUAUAUCAGCUUAAGAGGAACCAACCAAUUCAAAAGCUUGAUUACUCUUGCCUCCCUCGACCCUGCAUCUGUCCUCAGUAUGAGAUUGUGGAUGAAAAAUUGACAAAACCUGACUCCAGGAUAGCAAGGGAACAUUCCACACUUAAACAAGGAUAUAACAAGCGGAAGGAGUGGACAGUAACCUCACCGAAGCAACUUUCCAGCUCCACAAAUCAGCUAACAAAGUUUCAGAAGGGAAACCAGGCUGAUAUCUGGCAGGAUAGAUUUCCCCGCACUGGACGUAGAAAGGACUGUAUGGUGUCCUCUGGGUCUCUCAGGCUGGACACAAUGGUGUUGGCCAAAGGUGUUUCUCUCUUGGACUCUCAAGCAGUUGAAAGGAACCCUCUCAUAUCCAACUCUUCUGCUGAGCCAACCAAGCUGAUGCCGAUACGAAGCGAUAUUCCCAUGCCACGGUUUUCUGUUGAUCAGGUUACCUCAGGUCCACCACCUCAAGUCACACCAUUGUGUGAAAUGUAUCAUAAAAUGUGGUGAUAGCAUUAUUGAGGUUGUAUUUUUAAAGCAGGAUUAGCCAAAUUUCCUUGAACAAUAUCCUUCUAAAACAACAAGUCAUAUAGUGAUGCUGUGCACAUAUUAAAACGGCACCUAAAAGACUGAAUACAUUGUAUGUGUUUUCAUUGCGUUGAUAUAUAGUUACAGAAUAUAUAAACAAGAAAGUCUAGAUAAGCAUCCCACAACCUAUUGCAAACAGAGUUUGAUGGAAGGUCCCCAUAUAAAAACAACAAGCAACAGUAUUUCAGUAUGGACUAAAUUCUUUGCAUUAUUCACAUGCAAAGUUGAUUUUGAGAGGGAAAUAUAAAUUAAAGCUGCGAGCAGCGUUGGACGGGUCCUCGCUACACCUUGCACGUCGGGGCACUGGCCGGGCGGUUAAAAAUGCGGCCGACGAACCCUGCGGCCGUCGGGCGAAGCGUUCGCAAGUCAGUGGUCGCUAACCGUGUGGAGCAACGGCAGGUAUGCAGCUUUGCAAACUUUCUUCAAACUAAUCUUUGACAUUAUCAUGGUCUUAGCCUUUUAUGUCAACAUAUAACCAGGACUAUCUGAUGUACCAGUCCAAAAUAAAAGCCUCCCAAAAUACCA